ACCCUAUAGUUCAUCUGAGCUGAGAGUGGAAGUUAAAAAAGUGAUGAAAUCUGUGUGUAAAUAUUCCGAAUUUUCUUGCAGUUUUAGACUAAAUAUUAAGCAUUAAAACAUGUUUCAGACAAAGGUAGAAUAAGAAUGCAGAUAUUUCACUUAUUAUGCAUUAAAAUAGUCCUACAUUAUUGUUAUGCUUAAUGCAGAUUUCAGAAUAAUAUGUGUAUAUUAUAAAAUGGGAUUAUAAUGAUGAAUUUGAAUAAUAAGAGCAAAAGUCAAAAGUGUAAUAUUUCUCUGAGGUAUAAAGUAGAUCCUUAAUAAAAGUAAAGUAACUCAAAAUGUUACUUCAAUACAGCACUUGAGUUAAUGUACUUUUUUAUUUCCCCCACUGGUUUUAGAGAUAUAAAAAGUAUAAUGUAUAAUAAUUCUCAAGUUUUCCUGUUCAAUCAGAUGUUUUUAAUGUAUGUACUAACUCUAAGAAUGAAACAAAAUAAUCAAAACAAAUAUGAUAUUGAUAAUUAAAAUUACUACCAUUUCUCUUACCAUAAUCUUAGUGCCAUUUUUGUUUAAGUGAAAGACAUGAUGUUUGAAAGCUGGAGCUGGAUAUUUACUUUAACUGUGUUUUAGCAAAUGGUCUUUGAUUAUAUUUGGGCACAAUGUUGUCUAGUGUGUAGGCUAAAUGAUCCAUUAGGGUGUACAUAAUAAAACAUGGCUGAAUAAUGUGUUGUAAAACACCGGAUAGAGGCUAACAUUUCAUUGUUUUUGACCUGAAAUUGGCCUUGAAUGCAGCCAAAUGAGUGCAGCCUAAUUUAAACGGUACACCACAACAGGUGCCCCCCUCCUCCCCCCUUUAGGCUCCACCUGUCCUCCCUUCUCCGCAGCGCGCUGGCGACCCAGAAAGCAGCCGUCAUUCAUCAGCUGUGGUAUGCCGAUCCGCCGGGGGGCCGGAGCUCGGCGCAGAACCCCUCUGGUCACCGGAUCGGCGGCAGCUGCUCGGCCCCGGAGCUAUUUUCACCCUGAGGAUAAAGUGAUGUGCAGCGCUGCCCCGGAGGCUCCAGUCAGAGAGGAGCAGCAAGGAGCAGCGAGGAGCACAUAGAGGAUGAAGUCCACAGGCAACGCGCAGCCCGACGGCUUCACCUCCGACUUGGAGGACCUGGACAGCGGCAGCGACAGCUCGGACGGGAAGUCCACCGGAGACUGCAGCCCGCGCAGAGACCCGGGGGAGGAGGAGGGGGAGGCCGGUGACCGGAGAAGGAGAAGGAGAAGGCGGAGGCGCAGCAGCAGCGGGGGAGACGGGUGUCUCGCCGGGGUGAGCAAACAGAGGCAGGCGGCCAACGCGCGGGAGCGGGACCGGACGCACAGCGUGAACACGGCCUUCACGUCGCUGCGCACGCUCAUCCCCACAGAGCCCGCCGAAAGGAAGCUCUCCAAGAUCGAGACGCUGCGCCUGGCCUCGAGCUACAUCUCGCACCUGACCAACGUGCUGCUGCUGGGGGAGGACUGCGGGGACGGGCAGCCCUGCCUCGGAUACCCGAGCAUCCUGCACGGCAGCGCCGCCUCCCUGAGGCCCAUCUGCACUUUCUGCCUCAGCAACCAGAGGAAGCUGGUGAGCGGAACCUCGCACAGGUUAUACCAGGGUCAAAUGUUUUUAAAAAACGUUUUCUGCAGCCAGAAUUUGAUGCGUAAAAGUUCUGAUAUUACACACGUCAGUCCAUACAACAGAGGAUGAAUAUCUAUUGAUUAAGUAAAAGUAGCCAUAACAACAUGUAGAAAUACUCAAGAAAAAGUCCUGCCUUCAAAAUCUAACUUAAGUCAAAGUAAACAAGUAUUGGAAAAACAUACUUAUACCAAAAGGAAAAUAGCUUGUUGUGCGUAAUGGCCAUUUUUUGGGAUCAUAUAAAUUAAAUGACUGUAUUAUUAUUAUUGAUGGAUUAAAGUGUUCAUCACAUACUGCUGCUGAAAACCUAAAUCUAGAAUUAUAUGACUAUGUUUAUUUAUUAGUUUAUAUAUAUUAAUAGUUAAUGUUACUAAAGCUGUCAGAUAAAUGUAGUGAGUAAAAAGUGUAAAGUUAAAAUCUGCCUGUUUAUUGGAAAUGUAUCUUCAUGUGGUUCAGAGGAGAUUUGGUUUGACCCUAAGCGGCACCUGUUGCUGAAGUGAUUGACAACACAAAAUGAAAACAAGCCAUGGUGCCUUCAAAGGUUUAAAAUAAGAGUCAAGGCUUUACUCAGUUACACUGCACCCUCUGCUCUAAACUCUUAAAGACAACUCUUUCAGGUAAAGAAUCUGGCACACAAUCAAGAGUAAUGGAGAAAGGCAGCACACUUUGUUAUGAUUAUUGAUGAAUUUGUGAUUUCUAUUUAUAAAGACAGAAAGAGCUUUUGGAUUUGUAUCCCGAGUGCUUUUAAGAUGCAAAAUUAAGUCCCAAUAUGGACUAAAAUAAAGGCUCAAGAAAAUGGAAAACAACUUAUCUUAAAUACUCAAAAUGUAAAUUAAAUAAACAAAUCUGGCAAUGUAUGUCCUAAACAAACAUGUGGGUGAAGUUCAGUGUUUUGGCUGGUCACCUUGCAGUUAUAAAAAGAUGCCAGGCACUAGCUCCAAAUAACAAUUAUUUCAUUAUCUUUAUUAUAAAUGAAGUAUUUGACGAAGGUUGUAUUGGUAUUUUUGUUGGCAAUUUGCACACUUAUUGUCUCAUUAAGUCUUAAACUGUUCCGUUUCUUUAAGUUUAUAAAAAUUGUAUUUAGAUAGUUGGAUGAGGUGUUAUUUUACAUCUUGUUUACCUGGCAUUAGUUAAAUAAAUGAUGCCAAAAAUGAAGAUAUAGUGAAGUUAAUGAUUAAAUAAACGAAUUUACAGCUGAAAUCAAGAUCAAUAUUAUGAUUAAUGUCAUGGUGCUUUCACUUAACUGUGUUCUCGUGGUAAAAAUGUGCGUUUCUUUGUCUCCACAGCUCAGAGAUGGAGGGAAACACUCGGCGUCAGUGUGAAGCGGACACACCUCCACCUGGAUGUUGUUUACACACACCUGUAGGACUUUGUACAUAUAUAAAUAAUAAUACAUUUAUUUUUGGAUAAGCCUUGAGAAACAAAUUAACACUGAAAAGCACUUUCUGCUCACGCUGGUUGGUGUGCCUCUGAAUCUGUGUUUUGGUUGUAACCUGAGCCCAUGUGUAAAGUUGC